AUGACGGCAUUUUCAGGUUCACCUUCGAAACCUAAUAAUAAUAAUUCCUUUUUAAGUCGCUAUGUGGAAAAUUUAGGUUCCGAUGUAGCUCCCCCUUUGAGACCCCUGUCGAGCUCGAGGCUCAACUCUUCCUCAAAUUUGACGUCGCCAAUCAAUUUUAAGACUAAGGUAUCAGUUAACCACUCACCAUUCUUGUUGUCAAAGCCAGACAGUACUGUACCAAAGGCAAACCCCUCCCCUCCAAAAAAUCUUGUAGGGAAAUGUACAGUAAACUUAUCAAACUAUUCUCAGAUUGAACUAAAAUACUAUGAAUUUUUAUGCAGAGUAUCGGAAGUCAAAAUAUGGAUUGAAGCUGUUAUUGAAGAAGCCCUACCAACAGAAAUAGAAUUAUGUGUGGGAGACGCACUCAGGAACGGUGUUUACCUUGCUAUGCUAACUCAAAGAAUAAAUCCAGACUUGGCAACCAGUAUCUUCCCCGCAGGAGAUAAAUUACAAUUCAAACAUACACAGAAUAUCAAUGCCUUUUUUGGGUUAGUGGAACAUGUUGGUGUUCCAGAUUCCUUUAGAUUUGAAUUACAAGAUCUUUACAACAAAAAAAACUUCCCACAAGUUUUCGAAACUUUACAUAUUCUUAUAUCGAUGAUCAAUAAAAAAUGGCCUGGCAAAACUCCCCCCCUAACAAAUGUGUCGGGUCAAAUUAGUUUCACCAAGGAAGAAAUUGCUACUUGUAAAAGGGCUUGGCCUAGAAUAAGGGACUUCAAAUCUCUAGGAACAAAUUCCAAUGCUGUACCAGCUUCCCCUAAGGAAUCUAAUGAAAAAAGAAGUGGUCUGAUAAAAGACUUUAAUGAAUACGAAAGACCAAAGAUUUCCACGGAGGAAGUCCUAACCACACCAAGAAAAAACACAACUAGUGCCGAUAGUUUUACUUCCGCCCACACUUCUCCACCUCAGACUUACAAAAUUCCACCAAUGUCGACGUUGGAUGCCUCCACUGAGAAACGGUCAUUCACGCCCAUUGAACCAAGUCUUUUGGGCUCUACACCAUCUUUAGAGUAUAGUCCAAUUAAAAAUAAAAGCCUGUCAUACUAUUCGCCCACUAUUUCAAAAUACCUAACAUACGAUACUGAAUUUUACACCAGAAGAAGCCGUGCUAGAGAGGAGGAUUUGGAUUAUUACCAAACAUUCAAAUAUUCACCAUCUCAUUAUUCUCCCGUGAGAAGAGAAAGAAUGACAGAAGAGCAAUUUCUGGAAAAAGUGGUACAACUACAGAAUAUUUGUCGAGGGGUUAAUAUUCGUUUCAACUUGUACAUCCAAAAAAGAUUACUGAGCCUAUUUGAGAGAGAUAUCGCCAAGUUUCAGGCAUGCUUGAAAGGAUACAAUUUUAGACAAUCAUCAUCGAUUUGUUUGCCAAUCAGAAGAGCAAAGAUCGACGUUCCUCACGUGAAAGAAAUACAGUCUCGUAUCAAAGGUAAUAGAAUUCGUUACAAAUAUGAUAGCUUGAAAUUUACAUUGUCAAAGCAUUCGUAUAUAGUCGAAGAGUUGCAAGCAUUUUGCCGCUCAAAAUUGUUAAAGGCCAACGUAAAAAAGGAAUUAAACGACAUUAAAACAUCUCACCCACCCUUAAUCAAGCUACAGUCUUGUGUCCGUGCCUUUCAAGUAAGGAAAAAAUUAAUGGCCCUCAAUUCAGAAUUAAGUGGUGAAAAGAAAAGUAUUAAGACCCUGUUGGCUAUUAUUAGAGGUGGCGCCGCAAGAAGUUCUGGAAACGCGGUAUUGAUUGCUAUAGGAGGUAAGCACAAAGAAAAAAUAACGAAUUUGCAAAGUCUGAUUAGAGGAACCCGUGUACGUUCAUGCUUAACAUCUUUAAUACAUUCACUCGAAGAGGAAAACAGUAAUAUUAUUCAAUUAUCAGCCUGCAUGCAGGGCAGGAUUGUAAGAGAUAAAAUAAGUUCACUUUUUGCGCCUGCAAACCGUCUCAGUGACACUGUACAUGACCUUCAAGCCUUAGUUCGAGGUAUUCUGGUACGUUAUACAUUAGACUUAGUGGAUGACAUUGUAGAGUAUAACAAUCUUGAAGCAUUCCAAGCUUUUUCUAGAGGCGCAUUAGUACGUCAAAGUUUAAACCAAACUUCAAGCUACUACCAGAGAAAUGUAAGAUCGGUUAUUAUGAUUCAAAGCUGGAUCAGGAAGAGUUUGCAAAGAUCGGCGUAUUUGGAGCUAUUAGACUGUCCCAAUCCAAGCCUUUGGGCUGUCAAGAAGUUUGUUUAUUUAUUGAACGGAACAGCAACCAUAGAAGAAGUCCAGAAUGAUUUGGAAAGUUGCCAGGCUUCUCUUGAUUCAGAAAAUAUGAAAAAGGAACGGUUAUUGAAAAAUAUAAGACAGCAACUAGACAUGAAUGGAGUGUUGGAAAAAUUCGGAUUGUUGAUUGAUAAGGAUCCAGAACUCAGUAUAUCUGACUCUAAAAUUCCUAAAUCUAAAUAUUCAAAGUACGAAAAACUGUUUUAUAUGUUGCAAGUUGAUCCCUCUUAUUGGAAGCUGUUGUAUACGAAAGAGCCAGAAUUUGUUACAAAAAAUGUUUAUAUGACAUUUGGAACAGUAAACCAAAGGAUGAACGAAAGAGAGAGAACAUACUUUACCAGAUUUGUUUGCGAAAUGUUACAAAACGCAAUUAAUGAUGCUCCAAACAUCAGACACUUUCUUGAUAAUAGAUCACAAUUUUGGCAGAACAUUUUUAAAGAUUUCUUAAGAAGAGAGUAUCCAGAACUCUUUUCUACAAUAGUUCCAAUUUUAGAUUAUCUUACAGACCCGGCAGUAGAUUUCGAGAGUGAUCCAUACAAAAUAUAUCGAGAAAUCCACGGCUUUAGUCCACCACAACACACUUCACCUGUAGAUGACACAAGCACCAAGAAGAAGUUUAUCGAGAAUUUAAGAUGUUUAUGGCACGCGAUCGAAAUGGUGGCGGAAAUCUAUACCAGAAAAGUACACAGCAUUCCUGUCGAAGUAAGAUACCUUUGUACUAAAAUAUUUUGCUAUGCUGCCGAUAAAAACACUGAGGAGAUCGAUUCUUUGAGAGCUAUAUCAGGCAUUCUAGUAAACGUCUUUGUCUCUGAAUAUUUGGUCAAUAGAGAGUAUUAUGGAUACAAAGAUGCUAACGUUCAAAGUAAUCGAAAAAUUGAUAUUCUGAUAAAAUCUUUGGUUACCGUGUUCGAAAUGAAAGAUUUUGGAGGUUACUUGGAUCCGUUGAACCAAUAUGCUAACGAAAUAAAGCCACAUGUCAAAGAUGUUCUUUAUAAUGUGCUAGUAGAUCCUGAGUACGAACAAGAAGGAGAUAGAUUGAUUUACCUAGAUAUGGUUUCGCCGAGUUCUAAAUUGGAAUUACUUACUGAAAAGGUUUUGGAGAUCAGCAGUAAGUUUGAAGAAUAUUCGGACGAGUUCCCAGAAGCUGAUAUAUUACAUGAUAUUCUGAGAAGAGAUUUGGAUAUUACAUCAUUUCCAAAAUCGGGACGGAUCACUUUGGAAUUGGACGCUUCUGCGUAUCGAUUCUUGGUAAGUGAUGAUAAGAUGAGGAAAAUCUACGAUCAGGUCAAGAGAGCAUUCGUAUACAUGAUGCAGGUCGAAGAUGUGGAUACCAACCUGUAUGAUCUUUCGAUUAGCACAAUUCUUCCCCAAGAUGAGCCUAAUUUUGCAAAGCUUUUGCAGCAAAAUCCUAAAAUCAGAACAGACCCAAUGAUACAGAAACUCAAGCCAUUGGAAUAUUUUACACUCAAGAAUGUCACCUUAAAAAAAGUUCAUGAAUUAGAGAGUACAGGAACUUUCUGCUCUUCCGAUAAUAAGUUGCAAAACUUCUUGAACGAUAUUGCUAACACUAUCAAGAACCCUGACUACGCGAUUGACUAUGUUACGCAAGAAAUUUGCAUUACAAAGGACACACUAACCGCAAUUUCUGAAAUGAACCAUAGUUUAGAUAUAGAAUUAUCCAGGUUGAAAAAACACAUUGAUCAUACGAUAAGAAAUUUCCAAAAAGCUAGGGAUUUUUCACCAGUACAUAAAAGUACAUUUGGGAAUUUAAAGAGUGCCGUUAAAAAAGUCCAAGGAAGAGAACGUUCCGAAUUGCAAGGCAUGAAAUUUAAAUGGAACACAAAGCAACUAUACGAAAGAGGUGUGCUCAAGAGCAUUAAAGGUGAAAAAUUGGCUGAAUUAACCGUAAAAGUUUUUGGUUCAAGUGGUCCCAAAUUUCCCGACAUAAUAUUCAAAAUGUCUACUUCUGAUGGUUGUAGAUUUGGUAUUCAAAUGCUUGAUAAAAGAAAAGGUCCUGAAAAACGAUACUCAGAAGAUGUUGACUCAUUCUCAUUCAAGGAUUUAAUGAAAACUCAAGUCGAACCUAAAGUCGAAACAUGGAAAUUAUUUCACUCAAAUGUCGUUGUUAACAAUAGCCAGUUAUUGCAUUUGGUUGUUAGUUUUUUCUAUAAAAAAAAUUCUCUAUGA